GCCCUUAACGGGUCCCCGAGGUCGCUUACCGGGUUCAGCCCACGCUCCCGUCCAAUUCUCCAAUCGAGCCCACCCUCCUCUCCUCCAAUCCAAAUCGCCGCCUCCCACCACCAAUCUGUCUGUCUCAUCACAUGGCUGCGCCCCACUCGGCGGCGGGGCCGAGUUUUCCGGCCGCCUAGCGAUCGGCUCAGGGGAUUCCGGUGGUGUGCUCCGGGUCGCCUUGUCGGAGUUCUUCGGUGUUGGGAUCAGGUUCGGCGAUCGCCGGCGGGCGGAUGGACGUUGACGGUCGCCUCCGGCGCGCGCUCGCCGCCUUCGGAGGCGGAGACGUGUGGGACCUCGUCGACGCCGCGCUCGCCGCGGCGGCGCCAGCCGAGCUCCGCGCGCGCCGCGACGGCAUCGUAGAGCGGCUCUACGCCGCGGGGCGCUGCCGUAACUGCGACGACCCUGAGCGUCCACUGCAGCAGCAGCCACCGCGUCAGCCGGCCGAGGCGGCGUCUCCGGCCUCGCAAGAGGCGGUGGAGGAGGAUGCAUACGUGGAUGGCCUCGGCGAGGACGAGGAGGCUGGCUUGGAGAGCAAGAUCCUGGCGAUCAGGGACUUCCUGGAGGACCCCGACCAGUCGGAGGACGAGCUGGUCAGCCUGCUGCAGAACCUGGCAGACAUGGACAUCACCUACAAGGCUCUCCAGGAGACGGACAUUGGCCGGCAUGUGAAUGGCCUGCGCAAGAACCCUUCAGGCGAGGUCCGGCAGUUGGUGAAGCUACUCGUCAGGAAAUGGAAGGAGAUAGUGGACGGCUGGGUGCGGCUCCACAACUCCAGUGGCAGCUCGAUCCUAUCUGAUGGUGACUCGCCCGAGAAUACCCAAGCCCAAGGCAAAAGCUACCAAAAUGCUCAGGUUUCAGAUUUCAAAUAUUCGCCCAGCCCACCACCACAGAGGCAAAAUGGUUUGAGCUCAGAGCGAUCUAGGUCUAAAUCUAGCAAUAACAGUAACAAUGGAUUUGAGGCGACAAUGGAGAAGCGUAGAGCAAGCCCUGCUCCCACAUAUCAUAUGAAACCGAACAACAGCAGCAACUAUUCAACUACUUCGUCAUCUGCUCCAGCUAGGACAAUAAGGGAACCGAAGGAUAAUAAUUUGGAUCUUGAGAAGCUCGAUUCGGCCAGAAAGAGGCUUCAUGAAAAUUACCAGGAAAUACAAAAUGCAAAAAAGCAGAGGACAAUGCAGGUGUUGGAUAUCCACGAAUUACCAAAGCCAAAAAAUAAAAACACCUUCAUCCGCAAGGGCGGCGGAGGUGGCCUCCCAGGACGACGUUGACCUAUCUGACCUGACCAACAUGCAAAUUCGUAGCCAUGAAAAGGUCAAAAUGAAAAUUAAAUGAGAAUAUGGAAGGUUUAUGUUUAUUCUUUUGGUUUAGUAUCAGCACUGUUAAGUUGCCACUGGUCGUGUUCCACUAAAAUGUUGUCCAGAAUAUCACGCUAAGGUUGUGGUUCUUCUCUCAACAAGGGAAAAUAACAAAGGUUAUAUAUAUUACGCAUUUCUGUUGUAGGCUUGUAUCUUUCUUUUAAAAGUUCAUUUUAUAAUCUGAAACAUUAUAAUAUAGGAUUGAUGUUGCCAUUA